CUUUUUCUUCCCAAAAUGCAGUUAAUAACAAUAAUUUUAGCAUUAAAUUCCCUCCAAUUCCAAAUCCAAAACCACCCAAUCUGAACUCAUGAUUUGCAGAUGAUCUCAACUCAUCAUGUGUAAGCAAUACAUACAUUCAUCGUCGCAUCCCAUUUUGAUUCGUGAUUGUUGCAUUUGUUUUCGAAAAAAAGCAAAAUUUGGGGAGUAAAGACAUUAAAUUCGGGGGAUAUAAAACAAGGAUUAUCAUCAUUAGCACCGGAUUCGGUCGAUUUGGGUCAUGUUUAAGGACAAUCUAAUAGGGUUCGCAUUAGCUGUGGGAUCGAGCGCGUUUAUCGGAUCCAGCUUCAUCAUCAAGAAGAAGGGUUUACAGAGAGCUGCCGCAUUGGGCUCUCGAGCUGGCUCGGGAGGAUAUGGAUACUUGCUCGAACCACUUUGGUGGAUCGGAAUGUUUACUAGUGUUGUGAUUUUCUCAGUGGUCAUUGGGGAGUUUGCCAAUUUUGUUGCUUAUAUGUAUGCCCCUGCCGUCCUUGUUACACCACUUGGAGCAUUAAGCAUAAUUGUCAGUGCUGUUUUAGCUCAUUUCUUACUGAAAGAAACCUUGAGGAAGUUAGGAAUCUUGGGAUGCAUUUUAUGUAUAGUGGGUUCUACAGUUAUUGUGCUUCAUGCACCUGGUGAACAUGCUAUCAGCUCAGUCGAUGAAAUCUGGGAGUUGGCAGUACAGCCAGCUUUUCUUUUGUACGUGGCUUCAACAAUAGCUGUGGUCUUGGCGCUUGUGUUGUAUUGUGAACCACGCUAUGGACAGACAAACAUCAUGAUUUACAUCGGGGUUUGUUCUGUAAUUGGAUCUUUGACUGUUAUGAGUGUGAAAGCACUAGGCAUUGCUAUAAAGCUCACAUUGGAGGGCAGUAGCCAGGUAGCUCACUUCAAGUCCUGUGUAUUUGCCAUGGUGGCAGCUACAUGUGUUAUCACUCAAUUGAACUACUUAAACAAGGCUCUGGACACAUUUAACACAGCUGUCGUAUCUCCAAUUUAUUAUGCCAUGUUCACAUCACUUACAAUUGUUGCCAGUGCCAUAAUGUUCAAGGAUUGGUCUGGUCAGAGUGCUAGUAGCAUCGCCUCCGUUCUCUGCGGAUUUAUAACUGUGCUUUCAGGUACAAUGGUUUUGCACAGUACAAGAGAUCCCGAGAAACAGCUGACUAGAGAUUAUUCCGUGCUUUCUCCACAUAUAUCUUGGGUUGUUCAUGGGAAUGGUGAGAUAUGGAAACAGAAAGACAACGAUGAGUUGCAAAGUGAAUACGUUGCAAUCAUCAAUCAAGACCAUUUCAAAUAAGGGAAUAUCUUGAUCAUGUAGUAGCUACUGUAUAGGAUUAUAUGAAGUCUAAAUUGUUUAUUGAUACGUUUAGUUAUCUGGUUAAGGAAUGUUAUCCUCCUUUUUUGGAUUGGAGAGUUGUACUUGUAUGGUAGAUGUAAGAUAACUCCAGCAAUUUUUUCCUUCAUAGACCAAAUUGGUCUAAAUAUUUGUUGUAUUAGUAAUUCUUAUUCUCAAAGAGCAUUUUUAACUGCUCCUUUUUUUAUUA